AUGAUACUUUAUGGCUCGCUGAUCUAUUAUUUUAUUUCCCAAUCUAUUGGGGCUUUGAAACUGUCGUGCUGGCUUCAAGGUGGAGUUAAAUACUGGUGCAACCCUUUUCCAUGGAACGAACGCCAUUGGCAUCAGCGGAUGUACAGCAACCCUGUGCAAGGUUGCCCCUUCGCCACCGCCACUGCACAGGGGCUACAGAGACCUGAAUGCGAGUCUGCCAAAUAUGAGCAUCCAUGCGUCAGGAAGUGUUCACAUCUCUUGUUGGCGGUAAGGAAUGUGCCGCUGGCCAAGAUUGUGCGAUGCUUCGCCAGGUGCAGGGGUUUGGCGGACAACCAGGAUCUUUCGGGGGCAAUGGCGAUGCUCAUGGUUCGCUAUAUGACAGAGAUAGAGAAGGACGACAGUAUGGCGCGACCGGCUCCGCAACUUGUCACAGAAAUUCCUCACUCCUCAUUGUGUGUAAUCAGUGUCUCUGGCAAACUCAUCAAAUCAGAUAUUGUCGUAUCGUGCAUGCCGGGUCUCCUGUGUGACGACUCUCAUGUGACAGGUGACAACGUCCCAAUGAUAAUGAGUACCCAACUGUCCGCCUGUAUGGAUGCGACCAGCCACCCCUUGUAA